AUAGUUUGUGUGAGACAUUUUUUUCUCUGAGUUCUGGGCUUGCCUGAGGGAUCUUAACUGAGUUUGAGUCUGUUUGCAGAGUUUGUCUUGUGGUUUCUUUGUGGAUUUGUGGUGGAAUUUGUCCGUGGGUUGGCGUUGUUAUGUAAAAAAGGUCUCUUUUUAUUAGGCUGGGCGGUGCUGAGAUUAUUUACUAAGUGAACCCAAAUCUAAAAUAUUCAGCCUCUGUAGAGUGAGAUCAGAUUCCAGUUAAAAACAAUUCUAACGCCAUUCUUUCAAAGCAUACAUGCUACAGCAGUAUCAAAGCCCGGCUUUAUGGGGAGCCGGGAACUUGAAAAGAAGUUUUUAAUCCUUGCGUGACUUUCAUUUAAAUGGUUCCUUCUCUGGAUUUUGUCGGCCAUCUUUCUUCAGACGCAGACUCGUUUGGGAUUUCCUGAGGCCACAAGUCGGGUUGGAGACACGGAGCAAAGACUGGGUGGGUGCAGCUACUUCAACUUCCACAACCUCCCUUCCCCCUCAGCCAGCCGGCAUGAAAGUGAACACCAUUUAUAACGCGUGCCUUGGUGAGACGUGGAUGCGGCUGGCAGUGCCGCCAUUGGUUGCCCAUCCAUGUUUGCCCCCACACUGAGGUAGCAACUAUUGGUAAGAACAACAGUUACAUAUUCCUGCUGGGAUUUAGAGAUGAUGCAUUAUUACCAACCUUAACAAAAUUACUCAAAUCAGAACCCCAAGCUUCUAUGGGACUGAAACUUGCACCUCUGGAUUUAAACUCUUCAAGUGAACUCUGAGCCAUGAAAAUAUGACGCAUCUUCUUCCUGGCUGCAUUGGUGGAAUUGAAAUCUUUACCUCUGGAAAUGAACUCUUUGAGUGAAUUAUCAGCCACUAAAAUACAUUCUCCUUGGCUGCAUUGUUCAUAGGUUUAUUGGAGCAGAAUUAGGCCAUUUGGCCCAUCAAGUCUAAUUGGGCAUUCAUUCAUGGCUGAUCUAUCAUUCCCUCUCAACCCCAUUCACCUGCCUUGUCCCCUUAACCCCUGACACCCGUACUAAUCAAGAAUCUGUCAAUGUCUACCUUCAAAAUACCCAAUGACGGCCUCCACAGUCAUCUGUGGCAAUGAAUUCCACAGAUUCACCACCCUCUGACUGAAAAACUAUCCUCAUCUAAACCACUUUCAAAAGGUACAUCCUUUUAUUCUGAGACAAUUGUCUCUGGUCCUAGACUCUCCGACUAGUGGAAACAUCUUCUCGCCAUCCACUCCCAUCAUUGGUGAGAUUGAAACUUGUAUCUCUGGAUAUCAGCUCUCUUCAAAGAACUAAGAGCCGUUGUGAUAUGACUGGCUGCGUUGAUAGGAUUGAACAUUGUGCCUCCAGAUACACCUCUUCAAAUGAGCAACAAGCCACUAUAAUAUCACCAACCAUCCUCUCUCGUUGCAUUUUAUUAGACCGAUGAAGCUAAGAACUUGCUUUAAGGCUUUUGCCCUCACGUUGCUCUCGGCGUCUGCUGCCUUCCUCGUCCUAGUUUUCCGAGAUCCUGGGAAAUUGAGCGGGAGGCCUGGUGGACGGGCGAGGGGCAAGGUCCUGGAGCGGGGUGGGGAGCCGGCGGAGAACGGAGGGGUAGACUUCACGGAGUUGUUCAGCCGGACGGAGGAGGUGCCGCCUUGCCGGCGUGGACAGGACCUGAUGGUGCUGGUGACCUCCGCCCCGUCCAAUGUAGCGCGCCGGGAUGCCAUCCGCAGCACAUGGGCAAGGCGCCGACUGCCCAGCCCCUUCUCCUGGCAGGUGGUCUUCCUAGUUGGACGUCCCCCGGAGAAGGAGGUGGCCGCUUUCCUCCGGGCGGAGCAGGGCGAGUUUGGGGACCUGCUGCUGGGGGGCUACCUGGACACCUACAGGAACCUGACCCUGAAGGUGAUGCAUGGCCUGAAGUGGGCUGCUGGCACUUGCCGCCCCGUCUAUCUGCUCAAGACCGACGACGACUGCUUCGUCAACACCGACCGGCUGCCCGGCUUCCUGGUCCGGGACAACCCAGUCCGGACCGGACUCUACGCCGGGUCCCUCUUCCCGGCCGAGCGGAGGCAGGUCAUCCGCGACCCGUCCAGCAAGUGGUACGUGUCUUGGCGGGACUACGGUCGGGAGGUCUACCCUGCUUACACCAGCGGGGUGGGCUACGUGCUGUCCUUGGACGUGGCGCAAGCCCUGCUGGAGGAGGCGGCCAGAACCCGCCCCAUUCCCGUGGAGGACGCCUACGUGGGGAUCCUGGCGGAGGCGUUGGGCGUUGUCCCGCUGGCCAGCCCCCGCUUCGCCAAGCACAACGUGGGAUGGAGGGUGUGCAACUACAGGUACCUGAUGGUCAUCCACCACCUCAGCUCUACUCAGCAGCAGCUGGCCCAUCAGAGGAUGGUGCUAGCUUGGACCGCGUGCCCGCACAGCGCAGACAUCACCACGUGGCGCUGAGGGUGGAGAUGGAGGCGCGAGGAGCUGCAGGCGCUGGGAUCUCCAGCAAAGCGCAAAGCGCUGGAGGAACUCAGCGGGUCACCCAGCAUCUCUGGAGUUUGGGAAUAGAGUUCAGGAGGAGCCUGGACCAUCAGACUAUUAAACACUACAACCUCUAAAUAGGCUCUGAAUAACAUAGACUUGGGGGCAU